ACUCAGAUUUGCCUACAAUAUGGAUUUCGAAUCAGAAGAGGAUUGUCUGGCUUUCAAACCUGAGGAUAAUCAAUUUUUACUUCCGGCUUUGACACAUUUGACAAUCUGGCCAAGUGCUGGUUGUCAGUAUAUUCACUGUUUUUCGGGUUGCAAAGCUCUUCGUCACAUCAUGUUCAAUUACUUUAUCGGAUAUGAUUCAGCUCCAGACAAAAAGUCAAAUUACAUGUUAGAGGAGGGAUCAUUCGAAGGACUGUUACAAUUUUCAAACUUCAUCACCCGAAAUCACUUCCCCAAAUUAAAAGUGAUACAUUUACCAGUAGAAGAAGAAAGCCUUCCACUUGAUGCAGCUGUGGUUUCUAUAUUGAUUCCGUUGGACGAAUACUGCAAGUCGAUUGGUAUACAGUUGAAGAUUUUUUUUGAUCGCGUGAGCCAUUCGACUUUCUCCAGUCGAGAUUAUCAACCAGUUCCUUUACAAAAAUUGAAUUGAAGAAGGUGUUACUCGUUGGCGAGUAAAUAUGUCGUAGCCUUUGCGAUACUUUUCCCCGAACUUGCUUGAAAGUGUUGAACAUGGCCUCAACCCCAUUUUUGUCUCCAACUCUUAUGAUUGGGUAAUACUUGGUUGUUUGCUUAUCACCAUAUCCAUAUUGUACUCAGCCUUGCGCUCAACUAAUAUCAUUCAGAUGAUACUGAGCUGCAGCAUCCCAUGUAUUCGUCUCUUAGCAAUUGCGCCUUGUAACAUAUCUGCCUCAACCUCUUCAACUUGAGCAAUGAGCCAGAAUAGUUUUUUUUACAUAGUGGUCUCUUAUUAUGCGUCAUCCAUUAGACAAUAAUCAUUCUUGUAACUGCAUAACAUAGGUUUGGAGAGCAAGCGC